GCAUGUUGUGUGAAUUGUAUUGAUUUCCUGUAUGCCUAUAGCAAUGAGAUAUGUGCCACUCUGUGGGGAGGGGGUAGGAAGCCAUGCUCUGAUGAUACACAGUCAGAUUCAGAUGUUGAUCCUACAGAGCUGUCUCUGCCCUUUUCUCUGCCCCCCAUAUCUUCUAUCAUCACAUAGGUCAUACAAAAGACCCUCUAGCCAAAAAGAAAGAAAGAAAGAAAGAAAGAAAGAAAGAAAGAAAGAAAGAAAAAGAAAGCCUACAUAUAGUUCUGGAUAUUCAGAACUGGGUAUAAUCCAAUAUUUGGAAGGUCAAAGAAUAUUAAUCCCCUUGAAAUGUGUCUCAGUCACAACCCUUAUUAAAUGCAUAAAGGAUUAUGUACAAUAUCUUCAUGCGCAACAUGUUUAGUUCCAAAAUGCUUCAAGAUCAAGAUUUCUGAUCCCAUCAUCCCCUCAAAAUUGCUGACCCCUUCAUCUAUCCAAAAGUUUCAGUAAUCAGUUUUUAUUAUUGGAGUGGGGGUCAAGUUACGGAACAGUUUGGGGGGAAUUUUGUUUCAAAAUUUCCAAGUGCAAUUUUUCUUUAUUCAAGGCAUACACUAGCCUUAACAUUUCAGAAUGGUCUUCUUCAACAUGAACCACACCGCCCACGGAGAUAAUCAAGAGAGGUUCGUCAGCAGUUGCCACUAGUUCAUCUGGGGGCUACUCAGGGUGGGAAGGGUCUUCUCCAUUGCUGCCCUGAGGCUUUGGAACAGGCUUCCUGCUGAAAUACGAUCUUCCCCACCUCUUACAACUUUCAAAAAGGCAGUCAAGACACAUUUGUUCACCCAAGCUUUUAAAACGUGCUGGUGUUGCUGGAAGCCAAUCCUGAGCUAUCUGGAAUGCUGGCCUUUGUGAAUGAUAUUAAAACUGAUUUCCUGUAUGCCUAUAGCAAUGAGAUAUGUGCCACUCUGUGGGGAGGGGGUAGGAAGCCAUGCUCUGAUGAUACACAGUCAGAUUCAGAUGUUGAUCCUACAGAGCUGUCUCAGACAAACUCAUCUGCAGAAGCAAAAAACUAUUGCUUACAGACAGGAGACACCAAGGCUCCAAGAGUCGCUUUCCUACCCCACUUCCAGCACCCCAGUCCACAGCCUCUGCUGCCAGCAGUCAGCAUCUCUCCCCUCCCAGCUGUCUCUGCCUGGCCGGCUCCCAUCCCCCCCUAGAACUGAGCUGAGAGUUCCGGCAUCCAUGGAGAUGGAGAAACGCAAAAGAUGCUCCAGAAGACAGUUGGCCAACUGCCUGCUUGCUGACCUGAAGCGAGAUGGCCUUCUUCCUCUGGGUUUUGGCUUUGGCCAUUACAAGCCUCAUUGCCUUGGUCUAUAUCUACCGGAAAAAGGGCCGUUCAAGGCGGAGGAGACAGGUACGAAAGAAGCGGCGUGUCCGGGUGGACCGUCGGCGUUUACCUAAGCGGCCCGCUAAAAAAACUGAACAUCAGAUGCCAGGACCUGUUUACGUGGAACAGCCUUGGCUUACGGAGUGUCUGUCACAGGGUGACUGCUACUUUAAAUGUGGAAAAUGGCGAAAAGAAAAACCUGCCCACCACAGGAGGAGACCUCUCAGCGUCCAAGAUCUUUGGCUCACUAUAGGACAGGGUGGAUUUCUCCCGGAGCAUGAGCGCUGGCUGCAAGAAUUUCUCUGUGGCACGAUGAGACCUAUGCUGCCUCCACUGCAAACUCCAGCCCUGUCCACCACCAAGGCCGAACGGACCCGACCCUACUUUGUGGAGACAGACCCUAACCACCCCAAUCUGUCCUGUGGCCUUAACCGGAGAGCAGUGCACUUACAGCAGGUGGGCCGAGCAAAAGUCCUGAGGCGCUUCCGCAAGCUGGCUGAGCCUCCACUGGAAACUCCAGCUCUGUCCACCAGCAGGACCGACCCAACCCGACCCUACUUUGUGGCUCCCCAAAACCAACAGGUCUGCCUUACCUGUGGCCUCGACCCCACAACAACAUUUUUAAAAAAGAAAGGGAGGUUCGAGACAUUGAAACGCUUCCGUAAGAUGAAUGAGAAGACGAGCAGGAAGAGGAAAAGGCCAUAUGAUCCAGGAGAAGGCCCAAGGAUCAAACGGAGGAGAAUCUGGCCCUAGUGACGUUUGUAUUUCAUGUUAUUACAUAUACUUCUUGUUAUUAUAGAUCCAAGUCAACUUGUACAAAAUCCCCCUCCCCUUGGCCUCGUGCGGAGGGGAGGGAGUUUGUCCCAGCCCUGCCCCGCACGAGGCCCAAGAAGCGGGCCGAUUGGCUCCCUUGAAAUUGGAGGCGUGGUCUGGGCCGUAAUCGGCCGAUCCACGCCCCAAGCUCUUCAGUUUUGCCUUGGCAAUCCCCUCCCUCCCUUCCUUCCCUGAUGCAGAGCGGGUCUAGCGGCUGGUCGCCUGCGGGGGCCGAGUAGGAAUUUUUUGCUCUCAACGCAUUGGCCACCGUUGGGGGUUUUUUCGCCUACUCCGUUCUGUACUCAGGUGUUUAGUUAGAGUUAGAGUUGGCAGUAACAGUGCGGGCUGAGGGGUAAGUUGAGGGUUAGAAUAUCGGUGAGCACCCUUGGAUCUUUAAAGGUUGAUUGGUCAAUUGCUCCUUUGUGGCCUGUGCGGCACGGGGAGAAUAGAUUGCCAUGAAACCUGCUUCAGGACUUCACCAACCUUUGGGCUGUGCAGUCCAGGGUGGGUGAAGACCUUGAAGUAUCCAGAUCCCCUCUUCUAAAGGGGGCGGUUGGCUCUGAAGGAAUUAGGCGGGGCGUACCUGCCUGUUUCCUGAGCCAGGGUGUGUCGCCCAGUGAGGCGAUGGGUAGGACGUUAGAGUCCUAGCCCGAGCCUAAGGGCCCGCACUGUUCUCUAAGGGUGAUUAAUCACCUGGCGUUCUAGUCCGCCAGCUCUGUUGUUUCUUUAAUAAAAUUGUGGUCCUUUCACCCAUAAAAAGUCUACGUGUCUUCUUGGGCUGGGGUCUGGGGACAACCUACUAUUUGUUUCUUUAUUUACGUCUACUCCUACUUGGAUUGAUAUGCUGUUGCUAUACUGGAACUGCAUUUGACCUGACCACUGUGAAAUUGCCUUCCGCUGCCAUUGGUUCACCAUAUUUAAAGCAGCAAGUAGUUCCAAAGGACUUGCUUCUAUGUCUUCAUCCUUGUUGACCAUCCACACUUUUUAUAGUACCUGUAUAAGUCUUUUCAAAAAGAAAGCUGGUUUACUAGCACAGAAAGGAUCAGUUUGAGCAGGUUCAUCAAUGUCCUUGAAGGUGGUCUUUGUGGGCAUGAAGCCAAAUGUGAAGAAACUGAAUUGGUUCCUAUGCUAAUAUCGAGGUGAAGCCUGCUUAAUUUCUAAGGACAUCUUUGUGCCCUGGUUUGAUAGACUUGUUUCUCUCAAUAUAUUUCAUUAUUGAUUUAUUAUUACUAUUAGUAUUAAUAAGGUAUUGUUGUUCUUGAAUAAA